CUGUUGCGUAGUCGAAUGAGGCAGCUUCCUGAUCGCUCACAUUCUCUUUGUUUCAGACCUUCAGAACACAAGAUUAGUCCGCUUGGUUCAAGGGAUGUCCUGCCAAAUGGACGGCAAAUCUAUGCCCUGACUCUCACUUACAAUUUCCAUCAGUCCAAGGCAGGUGAAGUUAGCCCCAAUGCCACAUACUUGUCGGACCUCUUGUAUGAAUCUGAAUACGAGUCUCAGCUCUGGAUGAUUUUCGACUCAAACAAGAGGAUGCUGGGAAGCGGAGAUGCAUUUGCUGACCGGUACUCCGUCAAGGUAGAAAAGGGAGACUACGUUCUUAAGCUUCAGGUUCGCCAUGAUAACAAGGAUCAACUUGAGAAACUCAAAGACAUGGUUGUAUUAAUAGAACAGAAGCUCUCUCCCGCCAUUACUCUAGAAACACAUUCCUCGCGUCUUGCUUCCAUGAAAUCCGGCAAGUUCAGUUCAUGCACGCGGGGUCCUGGCGCUAGCUGUCCUGUUUACAUUAUGCCGGUGGCGGAUGACAAGAUUCCCAAAGCUGCCAAGCCUGGUCACAUUCUAAAGGGGACAGUUUCUUACGUGAAAAGUGAGACUGGUAAAAAAGCGUGCACGUAUCCAGUCCAGUUUAUUGUCCCUGUGUCAGCCAAUAAACAGAACAAUAAAGCUGCCACGAACAAACCAGAAGAAAAGCAGCCCAAGCAACAGUUCGAGGAGGCAGUGAGAGGCCUUAAAAUCUCCUGGAUACCAAGGUGAGUGCGAUCUACCUCAUUUUCUCCUGUAUGUAAAUUGCCUAUUUCAGCUGAAGGUAUAUGAU